AUGGCUCCAGCGCUGGGUCUGGGGGUGCUCAUGGGGCUCCUGGGGUUCAUGGGGGGCCCGGGGUGCGCGACGAGAUUUCUCCACUCCCUGCGUUUCCUGCAUGUGGGGGUGUCAGAGCCCAGCCCUGGUAUCCCCCAGUUCAUGUCCAUUGGGUACCUGGAUGGGAUCCACUUCGUGCGCUACGACAGCGAGCGGGGCCGGGCGGUGCCGCUGACAAAGUGGAUGGAGGAUGGAGCCAAGCCGGGAUAUUGGGAUAGGAGGACCCAUAACUGUGAGAGGAGUCAGCACAUGAAUGCCAGAGUCAUGGAGACAGUGCGGGAGCAGUACAACCAGAGCAGGGGUCUCCACACUGUACAGCGGCUUUACGGCUGUGACCUCCUUUCCGACGGGAGCAUCCGUGGAGCCUACCAGCUCGGCUACGAUGGGCAGGAUUUAAUCUCCUUUGACCUGGAAUCCAGGAGAUUCCUGCAGUCCGACAGCGCUGCUGAGAUCACCAGGAGACACUGGGAGCAUGAAACAAACGAGGCUGAGAGCUGGACAAAUUACCUGGAGCACGAAUGCCCAGAACGGCUCCAGAAAUACAUCAGAUAUGGGCAGAAGGAGCUGGACCGCAAAGAGCUCCCAAAUGACCAUGUGUCCAGAAAAGAGGGACAUGGGACACUGAUCUUGUCCUGCCACGCAUACGGAUUCUACCCCAACGCAAUCACAGUCACCUGGAUGAAGGGGGAUGAAAUCUGGGAUCAGGAGACGGAGUAGAGUAGGGUCGUUCCCAACAGUGAUGGCACCUUCCACACCUGGGCCAGGAUCAAGGUGCUGCCAGAGGAGCAGGAGCAGUACCGGUGCCGGGUGGAGCAUCCCGGAUUGUCUGAGCCUGGGAUCUUUGCUUGGGAGCCGACAUCUGUCUGGAAUCUCACCGUGGUGAUCGCUGUGUCCAUCUUUGCUCUCAUCAUCAUCCUCCUCGUUGCCCUCAUCGGAUUCAUCGUCUGGAAGCGCCGAUCCGGGAGGAGAGACAGGGAUGGAUACAACAUAGCAGGCAGGAAUGAUGGGGAACCAAAGGCUUGAUGGCAG